AUGUCUACCCAAAAGGCCGUUAUUGUCACUCAGCCCAAAACCGCAGGUCUGGUUAGGGACCGGCCCAUUCCCACCCUGCGAGGUGACUACGUCCUCGUCAAGACGGUCAGUGUGGGGUUGAACCCCACGGAUUGGAAGCACGUCGAGUACUUGUCUCCUCCCGGCGUGCUUAUUGGAUGUGACUAUGCCGGCGUUGUCGAAGCCGUUGGCAAGGAUGUCAAGAAGCCAUUUAAGAAGGGCGACCGCAUUUGUGGUUUCACCCACGGUGGCAACGCCGUCCAGCCCGAGGACGGCGCUUUUGCCGAGUACAUUGUUGCGAAGGGUGAUGUUCAGAUGAAGAUCCCCGACAACGUGAGCUUCCAGGAUGCUGCCACCCUCGGCGUCGGUAUCAUCACCGUCGGACAGGCUCUCUACCAGAGCUUGAAGCUUGCCCCUCCCACUGAGCCCAUCAAGGAUGCCACUCCCAUUCUCAUUUACGGCGGCUCUACUGCCACCGGUACCUUGGCCAUUCAAUUUGCCAAGCUGUCGGGUUACAAGGUCCUGACCACUUGCUCUCCACACAACUUCGACCUGGUCCGCAGCCUGGGCGCGGAUGCCGUCUUCAACUACAAGGACCCAAACUCUGCCGCCGAGAUCCGCAAGCAAACCAACAACAACCUGAAGCUUGUCGCCGAGUUCUGUGACAACGCUAUCUCCACCGAGGGUGGCGAGUACAGCGCUCUUCUGGAGGUGAAGAUUGAGCGUGCCAAUGUCAACGAUCGCAUCACCCUGGGCUACACCGUUGUUGGCGAGGCCUUCAAGUUCGGUGACACUCCCUUCCCGGCUAAGCCGGAAGACUUUGCCCACGCUUCUAAGUUCACCACUAUUGCCCAGUCUCUUCUGGCCGAGGGCAAAUUCAAGGUCCACCGUCCAAAGGUUGGCAAGAACGGUCUGCAGGGUGUUCUGGAGGGAUUGGAGCUGCUGAAGGCCGACAAGGUCAGCGGCGAGAAGCUGGUCUACAAUGUUGAGGAGACUCCUUAA